UGAGCGCGCAUAGGGACCUCGCCUUGAAGUGAAGCCGGCCGGGACGCCAGCACGCUGCCGUCUCUGAUGCGAGCCCUGCUGCUGCUCUCGGCGCUGGCCUGGCUCUCCGGGUGCCACCCUGUUGCUGGAUUAGAACUAAAUGCAACAGAGCAGGAGGAAAAUGUGCCUCAGGCACUGGACCACAGAGUGGAUGGGAGCACCAUGCCCUCAGGAAUUGACUAUGAAGAUACUGAAGACGAAGAGGAGGAGGACCCAGCAGUGCCUAUGUACAUUGUAGAUGAUUCGAUUAGAGUUGAACCUGUGAUUAAACCCAAGCAAACAAAAACAGAUAGGGAAAAGAAUCCUGACAAAACAAAAAGAAAGAAAAACAAAGGAAAGAAAAAUAAGAAAGAGACACCAUGUGAAGCGGAGUACAAAAAUUUUUGCAUUCAUGGUGAAUGCAAAUACCUAGAAGAACUCAAAGAAGUAAUAUGCAAAUGUCAUCAGGAUUAUUUUGGUGAACGCUGUGGUGAACAGUUCAUGAAGACUCAAAAGAGAAACGACAUCAGCAAUUAUUCCACAACGAUAUUGGUGGUGGUAGCUGUUCUGCUGUCCAGCAUCAGCUUCAUUGCAAUUGUCGUCAUUGUUAUAAUGCAGGUCAGGAAAACUUAUCCUCGAUGUGAAGAAAAGGAGGAAAGAAAAAAGCUCAGACAUGAGACUGGAAAUGGCCAUGUUGGCGUGUAAAGGAGAGUGCAGAACAUGAAGCUGAAGUGACCUUGCCUGAAGUUGCAGACUAACUCCUUCAGGAAGACAUAGGUAGGAGGUGGCCACUGUUGGAGCCACUAGGAGCUGUUACCCAGAGGCCCCACUCAAUCAACUUGGAUCCUGUAAGGAGGCCUCUGAAGAACAAUUUGAUGCUGAGAAGCUGGCUGGGCUGGGCUGCUGCCAACACAUCCCAGCUGCCCAAUGUGGAGGAUGUUGCAACUAGAGGGUUGAAAGCCCCACUGUUGGGAGCUGCCUGGGAGCCUCAUCCAGUCAUUGAUGGAAGACUGCCCUCUUUCUGCUGCUACCUGGAUAACAUUCCUUUUGACUCACUGUUUGCUGCAAGUGUCCUGCAGUCACACUUGUUGUUGUCCAGAGUUUCCAUUUAAGGGAGAUAAUGGCUUCAAGGAGAACAGGGGGCUUGUUGCCCCUGUCUGCCCUAUUGUUACACAAAAGGACAUGGGACAAAAUUAGAUUAAGCUUGUUCCCCAGACCUUUGUGACUGGAGGUGCACUACAGGUGUGGGGACGAGCUUUCUUCUCCCACCCCUGUGAUCCUAUGUGCUGUAUCUGCUUUAUUAGCAGCAGACCAGGAAUCUGAAGGCUUGUCUGCACCACAGGGCGUGGAGUAGAAUUCUAGUGCAGACUAGACUAGACUAAUUGGUCUGCGUUGACUUUUCUGAUGUAUGCUACAGGUUCCCUAGUGCAGAUUGACAGUCCUACUUCAAGCAUCAAUGUGCACUGGGAAACUUGCAGUGCUAGCAGGGUCCACGUAGUCCAGUCUGCACAUGACAUACUAGUGCAGACUAAAGCAUGGUGUAGACAAGCCCCAAAAUCUACUCAUGAGAUCUCACUGAAGAUUCCUUUUGUAACAAACCUGGGCCCUGAUCCUGUGAACACUUAAGCAUGAGUAGUUCCAUUGACUUCAGUGAGACUAUUUAUGAGUAAAGUUAUGCACACAUUUGCUGGGCUGAGUGAUUGCUUUGAAGUUUCAAUUAGAAUCAUAGAAUAUCAGGGUUGGAAGGGACCUCAGG